AUGAGCGAACCGAAUAAUGUGAACAACGAUAGUGUCGGACCUUUUACCAAUGUCUGUCAAUCAUCUUACCCGGAAGACUUUAAUUUUGAAGACGCCAAUCCCCCUUCUGCCUCCCUUUCUCUCUCCGAUAAUGUCGAUGUGAUGUCUAUGAAUGCUAUUACUAUGGACUGCGGAGAUUAUACGGGCAAAUAUGCAUCAUAUCAAGGCAAUCCCUCAGUAUCUUAUUUCCAUCUGAAUCCGCCGAGUCACGAUCAAGUCGAACCCCACGCAAACAGCUCUUGUCCGCUCCAAGUACCUUUUCAAACAUACUGUGGCUCCUCCGACUCUUAUCCCGAUACCUCUAUCCCGUAUUCCGAUACGACGAACAACAGUCAGACAGAUAAUUAUUUUCAACAUCUCGGUAUGAUCAACAAUUCAUCUACUUCAUAUAUCUUUACGCACGAGCCCACAGGCUCCGGAUAUGUUGUUACGAAAGUAGAGUGUACUCAAUCAGUGUUAGGCGAGAUGUCGGCUGCUGACUUUAACCAAAUGUUAGCUACAACUCGAAUGUGA